CCAACCCUUACAACCACCAAUUGCCCCUCCACCCCGCCCUUACAUUUCCCUCCUAAUACUUUACACUAUUCUCGUCACCACACCACACUCACCUAACCACCCGUUUACGCCCGCAGUGGCGGGAUUGCCAUGUCACUUGGAUCCCGGAUAUCAAGUUUCUUCACGAGUCCUUCUGCCGAGCAAGACCGUCCGCGUCAACCUUCACCGAUAGCGAUCGCCUAUGAUGAUCCCACGGCUAUAAACUCUUCCAAAGCUUAUAAACCAAUGUUUGAGGAUCAUGAGACGUUUGAGGCCCGAAGACCGCCGUACCUACACUGUAUGGUAGCCGGCGGUAUUGGGGGAAGUACGGGCGACAUCUUGAUGCAUUCGCUUGACACCGUCAAGACUCGUCAGCAGGGUGCCCCUACGGCCAUCAAGUACUCCACUAUGUCUGACGCAUACGCAACUAUUCUCCGUGAGGAGGGUUUUCGAAGGGGGCUCUACAGUGGUGUCACUCCCGCUUUUAUGGGGAGUCUUCCAGGCACAGUCAUUUUCUUUGGUGUCUACGAGUUUUCAAAACGGAAUUUGAUCGAUGCGGGAUGUCCGGAGAAUUUGGCAUAUCUAUCUGGUGGUUUCUUGGCGGAUCUCUUUGCGAGUGUGGUGUACGUUCCAUCUGAAGUUCUGAAGACAAGGUUGCAAUUACAGGGGAGAUACAAUAAUCCUUAUUUUAAGUCCGGAUAUAAUUAUCGGGGCACGAUAGACGCAACUAGAACAAUCAUUAGAAGAGAGGGACCGGCAGCUUUGUUUUAUGGGUACAAAGCUACAAUUAUGAGAGAUUUGCCAUUUUCGGCCCUUCAGUUCGCGUUUUACGAGCAGUUCCAGAAGGCUGCAAAAUCGUAUCGUGGAUCUAGAGAUAUAGGAUUGCCGUUGGAGAUUGCUACAGCCGGGUUCGCAGGUGGUUUAGCUGGUGUCAUCACUUGCCCUCUUGAUGUUGUAAAAACGAGGAUACAAACACAGGUCCGAACAUCAUCCCCAUCUGCGUCCAAAGCUGCUACUACACUAGUAUCCGGUGCGCUGAAAGAGUCUCGGCAGUUUGCUACAUUACAACCUUCGCCGUCUCCCCCACCUCCCCCGCCACAGCACAGGUCAAUAUCAACAUCAUCCCCGUCCACAACCUCACCUCCGAAGACCGGUCCAUUAAAGUUCAAUACGUCCUCUGUUUUUGAAGGUCUCAAACUCCUAUAUCGGACUGAGGGCAUCCAGGGCUGGUUUCGUGGCGUAGGCCCUAGAGCCGUGUGGACUAGUGUGCAAUCUGGGACAAUGUUGGUCCUAUAUCAAUACCUUCUAAAGCAACUGGAGCAUUGGUCAGAGGCCCAGUCAGAAGGGAGUCCUUUAUGAUAAGAUAGACAUCGGAAUCACGGAAGUUUGUUGGUGAGGGGAAUGGGGUGACUUUUGUAGAUAAAAAGGGAUUUUUGCUUCUUG